AUGAGCAUCCUCGAGUCUAAGGAACUGGGCGCUGCGCCCUCCCCACGCAGUUUCGCAAUAGCCCAUCAACGGCCCAAGAACAGCUUCACAGGAUGUUCUCGAAUCACCGAUUAUGAGGUGUUGGGCAAGCUGGGGGAGGGUACUUUUGGCGAGGUUCAUCGCGCGAGGUCAAAGAAGACAAAUGCCCUAGUUGCGCUGAAGAAGAUCAUCAUGCACAAUGAGAAGGAUGGGUUCCCUAUUACGGCUCUCCGAGAAAUCAAGCUUCUGAAGCUUUUGUCUCAUGUCAACAUCUUGCGCCUGGAGGAUAUGGCGGUUGAGCACCCAACCCGGAGCACCGACAAGCGCAAGAAGCCUAUUAUGUAUAUGGUCACACCCUACAUGGACCACGACCUGUCUGGCCUUCUCGACAACCCCUCAGUGCACUUUACGGAGCCUCAGAUCAAGUGCUACAUGCUGCAGCUUCUCGAAGGUCUCAAGUAUCUCCAUGAAAAUCACAUUCUGCAUCGAGAUAUGAAGGCGGCCAACCUUUUGAUCAACAACAAGGGUAUCCUCCAGAUUGCCGAUUUUGGUCUCGCGAGGCAUUAUGACGGAGAAGUCCCGAAGCCGGGCCGGGGCGGUGGCGAGGGACGACGUGACUAUACUAGCCUGGUGGUAACUCGUUGGUACCGGCCUCCCGAGCUGCUCAUGCACCUGAAACGCUACACCACAGCCAUUGAUAUGUGGGGCGUUGGGUGUGUAUUUGGCGAGAUGCUUGUUGGCAAACCGAUCCUAGCUGGAGAGAGCGAUGGCCACCAACUCGAGAUCAUCUUUGAGCUCUGUGGCACCCCGACAGACGAAAACAUGCCGGGAUGGCGGUCUCUCCCCAACGCAGAAGCCCUACAGCCUCACCCACGGCAAGGAAACCUUGCCCAGCGAUUCCGAGAAUACGGCUCCGCCGCCGUCUCACUCCUCCGAGAACUCCUCAAACUCGACUGGCGCAGCCGCACCAAUGCGCACGAUGCCCUUCAACACCCUUACUUCCGCACAGCCCCCCACCCCGCCAAACCCCACGAGCUCCCUUCCUUCGAGGAAAGCCACGAGCUCGACCGACGCAAGUUCCACGACCGACGUGCCGCGCUGCCACCAGCCCCCAAGGGCGGAACUGUCGGCCGCGGCCCCCACGACGGGCCCAACAACGCCUCCUCCUUCAGCGGCGAUGGCUUCCGCAACGGCGUCAACAGCGGCCGAUACCCGCGCAACAGUCGCGGCCCAGAAGAACGUGUCCCCGCGUGGCAUCGCGACCGCGGCUUGCCGCCUCGCCCACCUCCCCCCGCUGGCAGCGGAGGCCCCGGAACUGGAGGAGGCGGAGGAGGAGGAGCCGGUGGUGGUGGGGGGGGCCGGAACGACGUCGACACCUACAUCCCCAGCUACGACCGAGACGCACCACGGCGGGAUGACAGACGGAGACGCGACGAUCGAGACGACAGACGACACGAUCAGCGGGACCGGAGACGGGACUACGAUGACAGAGACCGCGAUCGGGAUCGAGACCGGGAGAGGGUACGGAAUAGCCGGACGAUUAGUAGAAGCCGGUCACCGAUGCCUCGCGACCGGGACCGCGACCGAGACAGGGACCGCGAGAGGGAUCGUGAUCGGGAUAGGGAUAGAGACAGAGAGAGGGAUAGGGACCGUGAGAGAGAUCGGGACAGAGAUCGUGACUUGUACCGGAGGUAG